GAGCAUUUGGUUAUGGCGCCUUUCAUCCUGGCGUGAAUGGUAUUCGCUACUCCUGGUCUUCUCUUGUUCCCGCACCCUGCUGAGCUAUGAGCGCAACAUUGCUCCGGAGCCGGCUGGAUGGCUUGGCGCUGAGGCGAAUUGCACUCCAAUCGCACCAGCUAUACCCUCUGAGGUCUCCUGUGGUGAGAGGACUCGUGGCACGUCGUGGCCUUCAUGCUCCUCGUCGGAGGCCCGUUACCAAUGGCCUUGCAUUGCGUCCAUUUCGACCCAAUGCGUCCUUCCUUCGUCACAACUCAUCAGUCACUGAAAAGCUACGUCAGUCUCCUGGCUUCAAAGCUGUGACGAAGGUGUUUGUCUUUUUGGGAGUCAUUGUCUCGUCUGUUGGCGCAGUUAUUGUAAGCUUCUUCAUCUACGAUGCAACCACGUACCGCGAAGAGCCUGUAGUCGAGGACGUUCCUGUGCCACAGAUUGCACUGAAUCCCCGGCGUGGUGGACCGAAGAAUCUCCCUAUGGCGGAGGUCCUGGUGGGAGACGAGGAUACCCCAGAGAGGGCGGCUACAAGUGACAAGCCCAGACUCGUGGUUCUGGGAACCGGCUGGGGAAGUGUUGCGUUGCUCAAGAAUCUCCAUCCGGGCGAUUACCACGUCACCGUGGUUUCUCCCUCGAACUACUUUCUGUUCACUCCGAUGCUGCCUUCAGCAACGGUGGGGACACUCGGGCUCAGGUCGCUGGUCGAGCCUAUUCGGCGCGUCAUCCGACGUAUUCAUGGCCAUUUCUUGAAGGGCAAGGCGGUAGAUGUGGACUUCGCUGAGAAACUGGUAGAGGUUUCCCAGGUCGAUGCCAACGGCAAGGAACAGCGCUUCUAUCUCCCAUAUGAUAAACUCGUAAUUGCCGUCGGUUGUAUCACAAAUCCACAUGGCGUUAAGGGCCUUGACCAUUGUCACUACUUGAAAACUAUUGAUGAUGCUCGGAGGAUUAAAAAUGCUGUACUCGAAAACCUAGAGCUAGCCUGUUUGCCGACAACCUCUGAUGACGAGCGCAAGCGUCUGCUUUCGUUUGUUGUUUGCGGCGGAGGCCCCACUGGCGUUGAAUUCGCAGCGGAGCUAUUUGACUUGCUCAACGAGGAUAUCCUUAACCAUUUCCCCAAGAUUAUUAGAAACGAGAUCUCUGUGCAUGUUAUCCACAGCAGGUCUCACAUUUUGAAUACCUAUGAUGAGGUACUCUCCAAAUACGCUGAGGCCCACUUUGCACGCGACCAUGUCGACGUUCUGACAAACUCCCGAGUAAAGGAAAUCCAAAAGGAUAGAGUUCUAUUCACGCAGAUGGAGGAUGGCAAACCUAUUCUCAAAGAGAUCCCAAUGGGAUUCUGUUUAUGGUCAACUGGAGUUUCCCGAGCAGAACUUUGCGAGAAGCUCUCUGACAAGCUCGAGGCACAGACUAACAAGAGAGCACUGGAGACGGACUCACAUCUGCGUGUGAUCGGCGCUCCGCUGGGAGACGUAUAUGCUAUCGGUGAUUGUUCGACGGUUCAAAACAAUUUGGCCGACAACAUUGUUUCCUUCCUACGGGCUCUGGUUCUCAAAGGGGGCAAGGAUCCUGAGAAGACAGAAAUCACCUUCAAGGAGUGGAUGCAGGUCGCGGCUCACGUCAGGAAGCGCUUUCCCCAAGCCAGCAGCCAUCUCCGCCGACUAGAUAAGCUCUUUGAGCAGUACGACAUUGAUCAUUCUGGAACGCUUGACUUUGGCGAAUUACAAGAACUCCUCCGCCAAAUAGACUCGAAGCUCACCUCCCUUCCCGCCACUGCCCAACGCGCCAACCAGCAGGGUGAAUAUUUAGGCCGCAAACUCUCCAAAAUCGCAGCCGCACUCCCCGGCUUGAGGGCCAACCAGAUUGACUACGGCGAUCUCGAUGCCGCCGUCUACAAAGCCUUCAAGUAUAAGCAUCUGGGAAGCUUGGCAUAUCUCAGCAAUUCAGCAAUCUUCGAUUUCAGCGGUUUGAGCUUUAGCGGCGGUCUCCUAGCCAUGUACCUCUGGCGUAGCGUUUAUUUUGCCGAGAGUGUCAGUUUCCGGACGCGUUGCAUGCUGGCCAUGGAUUGGGCUAAGAGAACUCUUUUUGGGAGAGGUGUGUUUCCCUGUGGCCUGAUGUAACGGCUCUUAACUGACUUUCUUUUCCCAGACCUCAUGAGUUACUAAACAUACACAUGAUGGGUCUCACCUCAGAGAGGAGCAGCUAUUCCGUCAAGAGAAAGGCCCUUUUCUCCUGAUACUCCUUUUUGGAUAUCAGUGGUGAUGUCAUCUCUGGCCAUUUUCUGUCUUUUGGGAUGCCAAUAUAUCUAUUACUACUAUGCCUUGGAAUGGUGUACGAAUUUUUUGACUAAAUUAUAGAUUACAUAGCUUGGAUUUCUACUUCUUUCCAUUUGUUCUCUCUCUCUCUCGCACACACUGUUAGGAGCUCAUCUUCCUCUGGAACGGGUCCGAACCUCCAUGGCGGCAUAUUGGAGGCAUUCUACAGCGUGGAACGGCCUACGGGGGCAGUAGUUAUACUUGGUUCAAACCGAACAGUCCCACCUUCUGCAUUCUAUUUGAUUCGAUUGAAUAGUCUCAGGUUUCUCAUGUAUUUUCUUCUUUGGGAAUCUUCUCCAUGAAUUCCUGUCUCGUUCGCAUGGUGGUAGCGGGACUCAUCGCAGUGGUAUUUGCUACUCGCCAUCGCUGCGCGAAUGCUCGUAAGGCGCCGGCCCUCCAAGAGGCCGAAGCAACGGCCGAAAUGCUGCUCACCCCCUAUUGAAGGAGACCGCACCAGGAUCAGAACACGGUCCAGGAACUGCUGCUUUUCUCCUCCGCCAGAGAGCCCUAUCGUCGCCAGUCGCUGCGCUGUCCAGAAGGGGAACUCAAGAGUCCAUCCCAGACAUAUUACGAUCUCCUGUGGCUUCAGCGACAGGCGUAUGGACUGACUUACCCUACUCCAUUUGUGAGUGUAGUUCUGAUUGGUAGUACAUCAUUUACCCUCUGGUCUAGCUGCGUAUAGAAGUGGAGCAACAAAAGUACA